AUGACACAUUAUAAGAGAUAAAAUUAAAUGGAGCAACAAAGUUUGGAAAUUUGUAAUUAUAAAUUGAUUUAUUAGAGUGUAACAAAAAAUAUAGAUACAUUUAGUAAGAUGAUAGGAUAUUUGUGUGUAAAUGAAGAUGAAGAGUAUAAUGAGAAGACAUAGAUUAGGUAAAAUGAUUAAACUUAAAAAUGAUUAAGAUAUCCUUUUAUGAUAAGUGAGGCAAUAGGAAAUGAAAAUGGUCCAAUAAUAGAUUAUCUAUUUGAAGGAGAUAAAUAGAAUCCAAAUUAUGAAGAGAAUGAAGAAUCAAGACAGAAAUUCUUACCAAAGAUUUUUGAUAUUUUGGAUAGAGAUUAUUUGAAUGUUACACUUGCUGGAUAUUUAUCAAAAGUAGUAUGUGGAAUUAUAAGAAGAAGAGGUUAUGAUGUACAAAUAAUACAUAUUAUUAAAAGUUAUGGAGAUUUCUAUCUUAACCAGAACAUAAAUCAAUUAUAAGUAAUUUGAUUAAGAAUUUGGAUGUAUUUCAUAUAGCUGAAAUAAUUGAAAAAUUAAUUAUCUUAGAUACUAAUUAAGAACAAUAAGAUAAUCAAACUAAUUUUUAGGAUGAGAGAAUUGAAUUGCUACGUAGAGUCAUAAGAGUUUUUGAAUAUAAGACUCAUUAAAAUGAUGUAACAGAUAAUUGUAGUCAUAUCAUAAUUGAAAUUCUAAACAAAUCAGAAUUGUUUCUAUCUGUUCUUAAUAUACCUGAAAAACUAUUUACCAUAGCUGUAAAUAUUAAAUUAUAUUCAUAGUUAAAUUCUAGUUCUGCUACUGUUGUUUCUGUAAUCAUUACAUUACUUGAAGCCAUCCAUCGUUAUGUUUAAUAGCAAUAAGAUAAGAAUCCAUCUUUUUCAUUUUCUUAUCAUUAAUUUUAUCCAAUUGCCUAGGAAUUCAAGAGUGCAUUGCUUGUUGAUAAAAUAUCUAUUAGUAAUUUCACUUCCUUAUUCAAGGUGCUUUCAAUACUACUUAUGGAAUCUCACAAUAGCCUUUUAGUUAGAUGAAAUUGAAAUUGCUACAAUUAUAUCUAUCCAUCUUGAGAAUCAAUAAUAUUGAACUUAUCCAUUAAUUUAAUCAUAAAGGUAUCUAUGAAAUACUAAUGAAAUUUGUUAUUCAAUAUGAAUUCAAUAAUCAAUUACAAAAUUACUUCUAUGAAAUUACAACAUUCAUUUUUGAUAGACCUCAAUUUGAAAAAAUUUAAGAAGAUUUCUUAGCUUUAAAUCUUAUUUAAUUCAUUAUUAAAUAUAAUAGAUUUGAUAAAGAAAAUGUUGGAACUCUAAAUACUAAAAUUAAAAGAGGUUAUGUUGGAAUCUUAAGUAAAUUGAGCUAUUAUUUCAUUAACAAAAUUAAUAAUAAUUAAGAAUGGAAUCAAUAUGUUGAAUAAAUACUUGAACCUAUUAGCAUUAUUGAAAAUUAGUAUAUGUUAGGAGUCAAUCCUAAACCUAAGAUACAAAUGGAUACAAAUGAUGACAAUAUGAAUGAAAUGUUUAAAGUAUUAUAUUUUAUUAUAAUAUCCUAUAGAAUUUUUCGAAAAAUAAAAAUACUUAAAAUAUCCAAUAAUCAUAAUCAUAAGUAUAAUAAUAAGAUCAAUAACCAGCUGUUGAAAUUGAAGAAGAUACAGAAGAAAUAUAAAAUGAUGAUGAUUUAGAUGAAAAUAUUAAAAAUGUAGAAAAAGAUGAAACAGAAUAAAUCUAAGAAAACAAUUCUAAAAAACCUGAAAUGAUGAUUGAUGUUGAUGAAGAGGAAAUUGAAAAAGUUAUCAAUAGUCCAGAAACAAGUCCUAAAGUUGGUAAUUUAAUUAUCAAUCUAUUUUAGUUGAAUAAAUUAUUUAAUUCUAAGAAUAAACUUUAAAGACAUCUCCUUAAGCAAGUGAAAUCAUAACUGAUCAAACUGUUAAUAAAUAUUGGAAGGCUCAUGAAGGAUUAGAACAUUAAGAACCUGGUAGAAAAGGUUCAUAGGAUGAUAUCCAUAAACAUUUACCUGAUCAUCAUAAUUCACUCAAAUAAGAAGAGAAUUUAAAAGAUGUCUAAGAAAAACAUGAUUUACAAUCUAAAAUUGAAACCCAUGAAGAUCUGAAAGUUUAAGUUUAAGAAGUUAAAGUUGAAGAAAUCAAUUCCCCUGAAGAACAAUAAUAAUAACAACAAGAAUAAGAAUAAUAACCAAAUCAAAAAGUUGAAGAAGAAUAGGAAUAAGAAGAAAUAAUCAGUUGAUUCCAUUAUAAAAUAAUAUAUACAUACAUUAUUUAUAUUGCCC